AUGUUUAAAAAGGAACCACAUAUCAAGGCAUUAAGCAAUCUUAAAAAUUCAGAUCGUAAAAAAUUAUUACAAACGAUCAAAACUCAAACAAACUUAGAAACCUACAAUUUCAACAAUUCAAACAUCAUCAAACAAACAAAUUUCCAAACAACAAACCCACCAUCCAUUGGUACCAUAUUCACUAACGAUUCAAACAUCCCAAUAUGGUUCAAAUCCAAACAUAAUGAUCUCUUGUAUCCAACCGUCUUUACAUGUUGGAAUAAUCAUGAUAUCUUACCUACUUUAUUAUCCCAUGAUUUCGUCAUCCAAGAAAAGUUAUUUAAUGGUGCCAACUUAAUGAUUUCCGGUACAAUCCCACCUUUCGAUUCACGUUUGAUCCCUGGUACUUUAUGUGGUAUUGCGUCAGUACAGGAUCCGAAGAGAAUCGUUUGGGCAAUUGGAGUUGUUAAGAUGAAUAUGCCAAGUUUUGAUAAAGUUGUCGGGGAAACAGGUGUUGCUGUAGAGGUCAUUCAUCAUUUCGAAGAUGAAUUAUUUAAAAUUUUCAAAUGUAAUGAUUUGAAACCUGAUGAGUUUGUCAAAGAGCAAUUAAACACAGAGCAUCCUCAAGAUAAUGAUGUUGCGGAUGAGGAUACCACAAGAAAAAAAGAAGAGAACAGGGAAUCGAACGAACCCGAUUUCGAAGUAUUGGAUCAUUUUAAGACUGAAGAUGUAGAUUAUUUCAUUACUAGAUCAUUAUACUAUACAAUUACACAAGAUACUAAAGUAGAAUUACCAAUUUCUGCAUCAAAUUUUAUUUCACAACAUAUUAAUAAGAAUCUACCUGAUAUCUCUCAUAAUGAAGUUAAUAUAAAGAAAACAUCAUGGAAAAAGACUGCAAAGUUCUUGAAACAUUUUGAAAAGGAAGGGUUUUUGAAAUUAAAAGGUAAAGGUGAUGAUUUGACAGUUGUCGGAAUGAACAAAACUAAAGAUGAAUUGAAGAAUUUUGUUCCUUAUAAGAUUGGUAAAUCAACAACACCUUCUUUUUCAUUAUCAUCGCCAAAUACAAAUGACAAAUCUGAUACUAAGGGAAUGAUGUACUCGGAAACGUUUUAUAAACCAAUUAAUCAUGCUAAGGAUUUAUUGAAAGCAGUACCGACUAUACCAACGAAACCAUUGUAUACACAACAAGAAAUUAGAGACAUUGUAACAUCAUAUAUUAAUUCAAAAAAUUUAAUCGAUAUGAAGAAUAAAAAAAUGAUUUUAUUAGAUGAUCUACUGUUCAAUAUGGUUCAUAAGAGACAAUCUGAAGCCAAUGCAGCUCCAAGAACAAUGAUGAGAGGGACAAUAUUAGAACCAAUUUUAGCUAACAAUUUCACUGAACAUUAUCAAAUUUACAGGAAACGUAAUGGGAAAGGUGAAUUAAUGGAAGAUGUUGAACCACUGUUUAAAUCACCACAAAGAGGUCAUUUACCGCAAAUUGACAUAUUAACGGAGAUGAAAAUUGGUCGUAAAGUAAUUACAAAAGUUUCCAAUUUUGAAAUAUUCGGUAUAUCAUCAGAUUUUUUAGCGGCAGAUUUAAGGAAACUUUGUAGUGGAUCUACUACAAUUGGUGAAACAAUGACAUCUCCAAAGACUCCAGAGGUACAAGUUCAAGGACCACAUGGACAAAUCAUUAUAGAUCAUUUAAAUAAGAAAUUUGGAGUUCCAACUAAAUGGAUUAAUUAUGUAAAUAAAUUGAAAAAUAAGAAAAAGAGGAAGUAG